GGCGAUGGCUUGGCAGCGAAAAAAGGAGCGCAGGUUGCCCAAGCAGCUGCUUGAGUGGCAUAGGAGGGCUGCUCGACUGCUGGCACAACUGCGGCAGUCCACGGGGGCCCUCAAGCAGGAGAUUGCCCAAAUCAAAGCCCCCGAGUUGCAGGGUGGCGGUGGCUCAGGAGGCGUCCCAUCACCGGCAGGCCAGGAUCCUCUCCAAGGCGGCGCUGGUGCAGGCGCAAGUGACGAAGCAGAGGGGUCUGCCCGGGAGCAGCGGCAGACAUCGUCUGAGGGGGCAUCAACAAGCGCGCCCACCAUCCCGGCCCGUCUUACAUGGGAGCACCACUACCAAGGCUGCUUGGAGGAGUUGUACGCGCUGGGUGGCAGUGUGACUCUCGCAGCUGAGGGGCAGCAAUCGCUCUCCGAGCAAAUGCGGCAUGAGCACCGCCGAGUCCUUGAGGGCAAGCUGGCAGCGUGGGAGCGCAGGCACCGGGUACAGCUGCGGUGGGUGGAGGCAGACCGGUUGUACCAGGAGAUAGGGGGUCAGCGGAAGAGGUUCAUGAUUCAGCAGCUACAUGCUUCCAUUGCAGCCAGGUUCGUGGAUUACUACGCCCUACAGAGACAGCUGGAGACAGCGGCAUAUCGUGAGCGCACUAGCCUGAAGCGGUUGCGGCGCCAGAUGGAAGCCAUCGUGUCCAAAGUCAGCGAUGACAUCCUUCAGCUGCGGCGCUGGCAUGCCGCCCCUGGGGACUAUCAGGGAGCGCAGUAUGACUGCCAGCGCUUGACCGCCCCUGGCUUGCUCGCGGCAGACACAUUGCCGUGGCAGCGACAAUCUGCUCAGGCAGGGUUGCUGGCUAGGAAACUGGCCGCGCUGGCGGAGCAGCAGGAGCGCUUGAAGCGGUGCUCCGAAGAGAUGACCAUCGUGCGGCGUGAGGCCAGGGAUAUGGUAGUGUUUUAUGAGCACUACGCCCAGCAAGUGCAGCAAGCCGCUGGGAGGGGAGAGCGCCGCCUGCCCAGCGCCCGACAAGUUCCCCAUGCGGCGGAGCUGGGGGAGGCGGGUGUGCAUGCAGCCCUUGAAGCUUUCCAGCUCGGGCAGCAGGUGGUGCUCCUCUCCAAGCUUGAACAGUAUCAGCACUUGGGCGGCAUGGCAGGCAAUGCUGUGGAAGCGCUGCACGCCGACCUCACAAACCUGGACAGCGGCACCAGCUCCGACUCGGACUGGCAGGAUGCGCGGUCCGAUGCCUCCUCAGACAGCAGCGGCGGCGAUGAUGAGGACACAUAAAUAUUGGCACAUUUGAAAAUUUGGCAAUGAGCAUCUCGCCUUGUCUGCCAAUUUUGAUGUUCUCGAUGCUGUUUCAAACUUUGAAAGUCAGUAGCUUCUAUAUAGAGUACAGUAAUCUUCUAUAGAGUACAGUAAUCUGAUUGUUCUACAAUUCAUCAGAUCCUUUUUGGGAAGGGAGUGCGCUGUGGAAUCAUCUGCCAAUUGGCUCAAAAAUCUCAAGAUCUCUUAGCAGCUUGUUCUCUCCACACACUUAAAGCAAAUAAUUAACACAGAGUGCCAGCUUCUUAUGUUGUUAAUGUAAAUAUGCAUUGCUGUUAAAAAUUAUCAGUUGU